AUGUUGCUUUUUGCAAACCGUUAUCUUGAUCAAUGGAGAUGCGCUCAAAGUUUCGAAUGUGAAUCGUCAUGGCCUUUGCUUCAGGCUAGAGACGUUGUUGAGCGUUGGACCGCUUCUCAUGGAAAUAGUGUCAAGAUUAAUGUAGAUGCAGCGAUAUUCAACAAUGGUGAGAAAUAUGGUAUCGGGCUAGUUGUUCGGAAUGGGUCAGGACUACUCGUUGAAGGUUGCACCAGAUUGUUCUUUGGCCAAGUUGAACCCGUGCUUGCUGAAGCCAUAGGCGUCCGUGAGGCCUUAAGCUGGAUCAAAGACCGUAGAUGGAGAGAUGUGUAUGUUGAAACAGACUGCCUUAAUGUGGUGCAAGCCAUUCAUUGUUCAACAGAGAUGAUUUUGUUGUUUGGGCCUGGUUAUUAA